AUGGCUUCGGAAGCUGAAAAGUUCGAUGGGGUGCUGCUGAACAUCGCCCAACAGUCGGGGUCCAUCGAUGGGAUCCUGGACGCCUUCUUCGGCUUCUUGCAGCGGAAGACCGACUUCUUCACAGGCGCUCAGGAUGAGCAGGCAGCGGAGCAGAUGGUGCUCAAGUAUUACAAGAAGCACUGGAAGGCGGGCCAGAAGAGGCGGCAGGAGCAACAGGAGCGCAACCGAGUCGCUGAUGAGGAGAGAAAGAGAAAAGCGGAGGAGAAGAAGCAACAGGACGAAGAGGAGUAUCGCAAGCGACAGGAAGAGGCGGAGAAGAUGAAGAAUGAGCCUAGAAUAGAAGAGGUGACCGAGGAGGAAGCAGACAAGAUCAAAGCCAGUAAAGCCAAGAAUGCUGAGGGAGAGGAGGAGAAGGAGGAGGAGGAGAAGGAGGACAAGGAGCCUCCACCCCCUGGCAAUGGCGGAAGCACAGAUAAGUACAACUGGACCCAGACGCUGAGCACGCUGGAGGUUUUCGUCCCUGUACCUCCAGGUGUGAAGGCGAAGCAAGUCAUCUGCGACAUCGGGGGUGAAACGCUGAAGCUGGGCAUCAAGGGGGAGCCUCUCAUCUUGAACGGCAAGAUGCAUUCCAAAGUGAAGCCGGACGAUUGCAUGUGGACCCUCAUCGACAACAAGGUGGUGCAGAUUACCUUGGAGAAGUUCGACAGCAUGAAGUGGUGGAACUGCGUGAUGGAGGGUGACCCGGGCAUCGACACCAAGAAGAUCGUGCCGGAGAACUCCAAGCUCUCGGACUUGGACGGGGAGACCCGCAUGACCGUGGAGAAGAUGAUGUACGACCAAAGGCAGAAGUCCCUGGGGAAGCCGACCUCGGACCAGGAGAAGCAGCACGACAUGCUGGAGAAGUUCAAGGCGGCCCAUCCUGAGAUGGACUUCUCCAAGGCGAAGAGCCACGGCCGAACUGGACAUGAUUUGAGUCACAAGGGGCGCAGGUCCAAGGAAACAAUCCAUUCUUUUUGGGAUUCCCCUUGA